ACUGUAUCUAUUUAUUUCUCUCACCUACUGAUCUGAUCUGUUGCCCUCUUCCUUCCUCUCUCAUUCUCUUCAACCCAAUAACAUCAGCAAAAUGGAACUAGCUAUGCAUAUUUUAUAACAUGCGAACGAAACCACCAUGUCCACGUCUCUUCCAUUACUACCUGGUUUUAAGGUUGCCUUGUUGUGAAUCACUCUUCGUGCUCUUCACGUGAUCUUUCAAACACCAAAAACCCACAUUAAACACAUACAGACACAAACACAUGAACAUAAAUACUCUCCUCUGUUUUUAUUUUCUCUCUCUAUCACUUAAGUAAUAAUUACCCGCCCAAAACUUCCCACUCUCUCUCUCUGUCUUUCAAUAUCAAAUCUGCAAAAUGUCCGCCUAUUAUACACAGCCACCGCCGAUAUACUUCACCACCGUCAGCGGCGGCACGAUUCCCAGCACCGCCGCAGAAGCACAUAUUUCUAACGUCAAAACCAUUUCUUCAUCGAUUAUGAUUGUUAUUAUUGUCGUCGCCACCUCCAUUAUCGUUUCCGCUUCCAUUUACCUCCUCCUCCGCCUCCUCUCCCGCCGCUCCUCCCGAACCUAUGCCGACGCAGACGACGUAAUUUCUCAUCCCGCUGCUAUUUCAAAUCGUCUCUCCGGUCGAUUGUUCGAGUCGUUGCCGCUGUUCAGUUUUGGUUCUGUGACUGGCAGUUUGACAGGAAUUGACUGUGCAGUUUGUCUCUCCAAAUUUGAAUCGCACGAUCAGCUGCGUCUUCUUCCACUUUGCUGUCAUGCAUUCCACCGCGAGUGCAUUGACACAUGGCUUCUAACAAAUCAAUCCUGUCCUCUUUGCCGCUCUACUGUGGCCCCCACCGACGCUGACGUACUGAACAAGAUAUUAACAGCAACAAAUUCUGAAAACCCUACCAUUGGCACUCCUAAUAGUAAUACUGGUAGUUUCCAACUCGAAAUCGGUAGCGUAAGUCGGAGACGGCUCGGGUCGGAUUCCGCGGGCCGGAGGUCCUAUUCGAUUGGUUCAUUUGAAUAUGUUGUUGAAGAAGACCACGAGUUGUCCGUAGAUUCCAUUCGCCGGAGUGAAGUUUAUGAUAAGGAUUUAUCCGGAGUUCCGGUACCGGAGCCUCCGGUAGAAAGUUUAACAGCUGAAGUUUCCGGCGUACGGAGUUGGCUACGUGAUUAUGUUGACCGGAUUGCAUCAUUCCGGAGCUCCGGAAGGUUUUUCUUUAGUGGUAGUAGUCGCCGGAGUGACGUUGUCGUUCCGUUCGACGAUUUGGAGGCUGGCCGCGUUGGGGAGGAGAUUAGCGAGUACUUUCGCUGGCUUUCCGGGGUAUGAUUUUGCUUUAGCAUGGUAGGGGCAAAUUUGUCUUUUUAUACACUAUAUAUACGAGUAGAUAAACACAAAAACAAGAAAAUUUUUGAUACGUCAACUCUCCUUCUCGAGAAUCAAUUUUUUGGGAGUUGAUUCAGCAAAGAUUGGAUAGUACUUAGUAGUCUGUGUAUAUAUACACUUAAACCAAAUUGUUCUACUAUUGUUUUUGGAUUUUAUCUAACUAUAUUUUUUGUUUAGCGAAACAAUACGGGGCCAAGAAGUUCGAUUAAUGAAACAGAUUCAUAUAAUUCAUAAUGUAGCUGUUAUUUCGACGUUUCCUUAACAAUGUAAGAAAAGAAAAUCUGUGUAAAGUUCAAUUACAUGUGAAUAGUACUAGCAUUUUGGGAGCGAUUGACGGGGACUGUUUUUGCCAGU